GUGUCCGAACUUACCCGCCUUACUCGGAUCCGAGUCAGCUUCUCGAUAUUUAUUUCUGACACUACCGGCAAGUUGUCGUCAGAUUUAUAGAUGAUGGAGUUCUCUCUGAUCGGCGCCGAUACAGUCUCAGUUUUCACGGCGAAGCGAGGCAUAGCGUUUGGAAAAUCUCUUCUCAACCGAUGGGAUUUGACGAAUCACAUUUCGUUUGCUGUUGAUGCAAUCUCCUCUUCACCGGUCAGAGCCAGCUCUUAUAAGACAAUCAGAAGGAUCCGCAAGAAGCGGCGUACGAAGCGCGUUUCCUUCGGCGAACACGGUGGCGAUUUUGGUCGUUUUCUACUAGAAGGCGAUUUUAUCGGUGGUAACGACGGUCCAUUCGGAUCUGGCGGUGGCGACGAUGGCGGUGGAAAGGGAUGGAACUACGGUGGUGGUGGUUGGGAUGAGUCUUCGUCGUGGUCUUGGUCGGAUCCAGCAAUGGAGUUUGUGUAUGAAGUGAUUUGCUGGAUCGCCUUAUCGAACUGUGUACAUUUCGCGUUCAAGAGGAUAGUGAGAAUCGUGACUGACGGUGAAAGGGAGAAGUUGAGCCUCACGUUAUCUCCGGUGUGCUGACAACUUCGUGGUUUGGUUACAGUCACAUGUCUGAAUGAUCUCUCGAUGUGUACUUAUAAUUAAUUAUUUAUAUACAUUGUACAUAAAUUUCAUUUGGUUUUGCAAUCUAAUUUUCGAGUGUCUUUUAUGAUGAUAAUGUGGAUAAUUGAUUUUUAACUGAUAAAGCUUAAUAAACUCCGUUACA